AUGGUUCUCUCACGACAUGUCGAUCCCGAGGAGGUGGUCAGCCACCUUCAGGGUGCUCGCACCUCCAACAACAAGACAAAGCUCUCCCACCUUACGCCCUACGACACGCCCUACGCCAGCCAGGUGGAGAUCCCAAAGUAUCGCCUCCCCGACGAUGGCGCCCCCGCCGAUACCGUCUAUGCCAUGAUCAGGGAUGAGCUAGACCUCGAUGGCAGGCCCAAUCUGAACUUGGCCAGCUUCGUUAAUACCUAUGUCGACGACAACUCGCAAAAGAUCAUGGCCGAGAACGUGGCCAAGAACCUCGCCGACAAUGACGAGUACCCGGCCAUGCUCGCCAUGAGCCAGCGCUGCGUGAGCAUCCUGGCCAACCUGUGGCGAGUCAACAAGGGCGAGAAUGCCAUCGGCUCGCCCACGGUGGGGUCGUCCGAAGCCAUCCACCUCGGCGGCCUCGCCAUGAAGCGCCGCUGGCAGGAGCGCCGCUGGGCCGAGGGCAAAGACGCCUACAAGCCCAACAUCCUCAUGGGCAGCAACGCCCAGGUGGCUCUCGAGAAGUUUGCCCGCUACUUUGACGUCGAGGCCCGCAUCCUGCCCGUCUCAGCCAAGAGCAACUUCUGUCUUGACCCGGACCUAGUGCGCCAGAACAUCGACGAGAACACCAUCGGCGUCUUUGCCAUCCUCGGCAGCACCUACACGGGCCACUACGAGCCCGUCGAGGAGGUCUCGCGCAUCCUCGACGAGUUCCAGAACAUGACGGGCAUCGACAUCCCCAUCCACGUGGACGCGGCGUCGGGCGGCUUCGUCGCGCCGUUCACACACGCCGGGGCGGGCCAGCGAUGGAACUUUGAGCUGCCGCGCGUCAAGUCGAUCAACACGUCGGGCCACAAGUUCGGGCUCUCGUGCGCCGGCGUCGGCUGGAUCAUCUGGCGAGACGAGUCAUACCUGCCCCAGCACCUGAUCUUCAAGCUGCACUACCUCGGCGGCACCGAGGAGUCGUACACGCUCAACUUCUCGCGCCCCGGCGCCCAGGUCAUUGUGCAGUACUACAACCUGAUCCAUCUCGGCUUCUCCGGAUACCGCGAGAUCAUGGAGAACUGCCUGGUGAACGCCCGCCUCCUGUCCAACAGCCUCGAGGCGACCAAGUGGUAUACUUGCGUCAGCGCCAUUCACCGCUGCACCGAGGCAGCACCAGCAGGCGUGGCCCAAAAGGUCAAGAACACAGUCGAGUCCACCGUAAGCGGCGGCGGCAAGGAGCAGCAGCAGCAGGACGGCAACGGGGAGACGUCAGCCGCCUACGUUGCCGGGCUGCCAGUUGUAUCGUUCCGGCUGACGGACGAGUUCAAGCGCGAAUUUGCGCACAUCAAGCAGGAGACGGUGUCGCUGCUGCUGCGGGCGCGCGGCUGGAUCAUCCCCAACUACGCGCUGCCGCCGGGCGAGGACGGCACCGAGAUCCUGCGCGUGGUUGUGCGGGAGAGCAUGAGCUUCGACCUGCUCGACCGCCUCGUGACGGACAUUGUGCAGGUCACUGAGAAGCUGAUCGACAACGACGAGGUCGACCUGUCCAUCCUGCAUAAGCAGCGCAAGGAGCCCGCGGCCAAGACGGACAGCGGCAAGAAGGCGCAGGGUGGUGUAGCCAAGGACGCAGAGCAGCGUGCUCUGAACGUGGGCAAAAAUGCGAGCCGCAUGGCCGAGGGCAUUCACAGGUCGGUGUGCUGA